AUUGCGGGUCCGUCCGACGCGUAUUACCCCAUUGCGACAUUCUCCCAAGGUCAAUAUGCUCCAUUGCAGACGGAAUCUAGUGGGGGCUCGAACGUGGCGCCAACUUCCUUUGCUCUCGACGAGACAGCAUCUACCGGUCCUCGUAAGCGUAAAACCCGCCAGACCUCGGAUGGUUCGAGUUGGUUCGUUGCACUAUCAAUGCACAAGCGCAGACGCCCGAAUACCACCGACGACUACGGACCGGGCAAGUUUGGUCCGUACACCCUAGCGGAUACUAGUGUCACGAUCAUGACCAUGCCUGUUCACGACCCAAAGCCUGUCGACAUCCGUAGCCGCAGGACCCACGAUCCCAACGGAAAUCCCCUCCGAACGAGGAGAUUUGGAGUUAUGGAACUGGACGAUACCUACUCCGAAGAAUCCGGAAACGUCUCUGACUACCACUCGCCACAGUUGGCCUGCGUACGCUCAUGCGAUUGGACCGACCAGCCAUGUGGUCUGUUCAUAGAGGUGGACAAGAUCCGCAUCGAAGACCACCUGUGGUUUUGGCAUGGGGUUGAAACGAAGAGAACUACUCCGAGCCCCUGUCGAUUCGAGGGUUGCCCAGACGCAGGGACGAUGACGUUUCUGAGCCGUCACAUCGAAGGGGUCCACUUCUCUGCAUCCUAUCGAUGCCCCUAUUGCAAGAAGCUGUCGGCGAGGACCGAUUCUUUGAUUCGGCAUCAGAAGGGGUGCAAACCAUUGCUUGCUAGCAGGGCCCAUGCUGAGCAUGGAAAGUACGAAUUCCGUAUCCAAGAAAUGAUCAAGGCAGUUUCUGGAUAUAUCGUUCCUGCCCAUAACGCAACCUAGGACAGCGUCUGAAUAUUGUUGAAUCUAAUUCUUGACACAACUACGGCUGAUGACACACAUUCUAAUAUAUAUUACCGACAUUCCUUUAGACUAUUCUCUCUACGGCUAACGACACUCGUUUCAUUCUAUUACCAACAUUCCUUCGGAAAU